UCUACGGCAGGACAAAGAGGAGAGCCGCAAAGCGGUUUGUUUUGGACUGGAGGAGGUCAUUAGAAAGUGAGGAGUAAGUACGGGCCGGCUCUCGAGGCACAGAGACCUUUAGUGCCAGCGUAUCUCUGAUGCCGGUGUGAGAAAAAUUCAUUAUUCAACAACUCCGUGUAGUGUUACAACCGCUGCGAAAUGCUUCGUCUCAUCCUGCGGCUCAGGCCGUCCGCCGGGCUCCCCUGUCCCCGUGCCCUCCCUACCGGGCCUGCUGCGCUCGGCUCCCGCUCUGUGCCCGGAACCGGCUGUCUGAGGAGACUUCACUGCGGAGCGGGGUCCCGGACCGUGUCUUUUGGCUCCGGCCUCAGUCACAGAGGGGGCCUCCUGCGGUUACCCCAGCUGGCAGGCGGCUGUCAGAGCACUCGUUUCUACAGCCUGCCGCCGCACCAGAAGGUGGAGCUUCCUGCACUGUCACCCACUAUGCAGACAGGAACGAUCGCUCGCUGGGAGAAGAAGGAGGGAGAAAAGAUCAGCGAGGGUGACCUCAUAGCUGAGGUGGAGACUGACAAGGCCACUGUUGGUUUUGAGAUGCUGGAGGAGUGCUAUCUGGCAAAGAUCCUGGUUCCUGAAGGGACCAGAGACGUCAACAUUGGAUCAGUAAUCUGCAUCACAGUCGAAAGCCCCGACCUCAUCUCAGCCUUUAAGGAUGUAACGUUGGACUCACUCAAAGCUGCAGGUCCCUCACCAGCUGCCUCUGCUCCUCCUCCUCCUCCUCCUCCUGCUGCUGCCGCUGCUCCUCCUGCGGCCCCCGGCAGCUCAUAUCCCACACACUUGAAGAUCACACUUCCUGCCCUGUCUCCCACCAUGACCAUGGGAACAGUGCAGCGCUGGGAGAAGAAAGUUGGGGAGAAGCUGAGUGAAGGAGAUCUGCUGGCUGAAAUUGAGACUGACAAGGCAACCAUUGGCUUUGAGGUGCAGGAGGAGGGAUACUUGGCCAAAAUCAUGGUGGCAGAAGGAACUCGGGAUGUUCCCUUGGGAACACCGCUCUGCAUUAUUGUAGAGAAAGAAAGUGACAUCGCUGCCUUCAAGGAUUACGUUGAGACUGGGGUGGCAGAGGUUUCCACACCACCUCCAGCUCCAGCACCGGCAUCAACACCGGUUGCAGCCUCAGUUGCUGCAGCACCCACUCCUGCUCCUGCAGCCGCUGCCCCUGCAGCACCCAGGAAGGGUCGUGUGUUUGCCAGCCCGCUGGCGAAGAAACUCGCUGCAGAGAAAGGAAUUGACCUGGCACAGGUCAGCGGCUCUGGUCCGGAUGGACGCAUCACCAGGAAAGAUAUUGACAGCUUUGUUCCACCAAAGGCUGCACCUGCCGUAGCUGCUGUUCCCACUCCAGCUGCAGCUCCAGCUGCUCCUGCACCUGCUGCAGCUCCUGCUGCACCAGCCGGGACCUUUACAGACAUCCCUAUCAGCAACAUCCGCAAGGUGAUCGCGCAGCGGUUGAUGCAGUCCAAGCAAACCAUCCCCCACUAUUAUCUGUCUGUAGAUGUCAACAUGGACCAAGUGAUCGAGCUUCGGAAAGAACUCAAUGCUGAAGUCAAAGCCCAGAAUAUCAAGCUUAGUGUGAAUGACUUCAUUAUCAAAGCCAGUGCCCUGGCCUGCCUCAAGGUUCCUGAGUGCAACUCCUCCUGGUUGGACACAGUCAUUCGCCAGAACCAUGUAGUGGAUGUAAGUGUAGCAGUGAGCACAGCCAACGGCCUUAUCACGCCCAUCGUGUUUAACGCACACACCAAAGGACUUGUGGCCAUCAGCUCCGAUGUGUCAGCGCUCGCCGCCAAAGCGAGAGAAGGAAAACUGCAGCCACACGAGUUCCAGGGAGGAACAUUCACAAUCUCUAAUUUGGGGAUGUUUGGCAUCAAGAACUUUUCAGCCAUCAUCAACCCUCCUCAGUCUUGUAUCCUCGCCGUCGGAGGCUCAGAGAAAAGGCUGUUGCCCGCUGACAAUGAGAAAGGGUUUGACGUAGCCAGCUUGAUGUCGGUGACGCUGAGCUGCGACCACCGAGUGGUGGACGGGGCGGUAGGCGCGCAGUGGCUCGCCGAGUUCCGCAAGUUCCUGGAGAAACCCGUCACCAUGCUGUUGUGAUUGGACUGUACUGCCGUUAAACUGCAGCAACAGGCCCAGGCCGCUCACUGAAGAGAUCUGAUUGGACUAAAUCCGUCUGGAUCCUACUGUGAUUGGCCCGCCUGCCACCAGGUCACUCCCAAUUACCCUGAAGGGAAAGAGGCAGUGCUCACUCCGCUUACCUGUCUGUCUCUCCUGUCUAUCUUUCUCUCCCCCUCUCUCAUCUUCUAUUUAUUAAGGGCCCGACUCUGAGAGAACAGAAUUAGGUUUAUUUUAUCCUAGAAUAGAGACUGUCACAGAAACAUUGAUAAUGUUUUAUGAAGGGAAGUGUUACAUGUCCAACCAGCGAACAUAUUCAUCCCAAAACAUAUGUGUGUGUGUGUGUGUGUGUGUGUGUGCUAGUGUGUGUUUCUACCCACUCUGACCAGUGAUUUUGUGUGAAACUGAUAAAGACAACAGAAAGUGCAGCUAACUAACUGUGGCCCCGUUGAGUAAAAAGGCUUGUGAUUUUUGUCUGCAUGCAGGCAAGAGGAUGUAAAAUAAGUUAACUCGGAGAUGCACAAAAUUCAGAUUCUCACUCUCUCACACACACACACACACAUAAACAAACAAACACAUAGACAUGAAAUAAUGUUUUUUCUGUAGGUUGAUGUGUAUAUUUCUCACUGUGGGGUGAACACAGUGCUUUGUAUAUAUGGUGGUGAGCUCCCACGAGGCCUCACCAUAUAAUUCUAUCUCUGUACAGUCCUAAAUGAUAACAAACACUCUUAAAAUAAGUACUGGACAGUUUUGCCAACUCUCUCUCCUCUGUUUUUAUUUUCUAGUCUCAGAGUAAGAACACUUACCAUUCGAAAUUGUCUUUCACUGCUGGAACGCACAAAGCUGGUGCUGGAUGUUACUUGUCGUUUGAAUAAAUUGGGAGAAGUCAACCUUGUGCCAUAGGCUCUUUGGUUUGGGUUUUUACAAUUAGACUAACAGCCCAAAUUAAAGUGGUGUAAGGAGUAGAAACUAACGAUGUGAUCACAAAGAAUCUGAAACGUCGAAGGACGAGAAACUACUGCCCUUCAUCCAUCAUAUUUUUUUUAGUAAAGAUUCCAGCCUGCAGUCAACUCCCAUGUGUGUGUAUUUUCUCACAUCUCUUGGUCAGCUGCUGAUUCAUGAAGGUCCACACACACACACACAAUAAAAACUCCACAGCACCUGAAAACAGGCUCAGACCUCCUCCUUAUUCAUGAACAUCUCCUUUAUUUGGAUUUUAUCUGCAAAACCGGCAUGUGGAAGUGCCAUCUCAACCCUUCUAGUCCUUUUUAAAAGAAAAAAUGUCAGCAACGUGAAAAAAAAAAAAAUUGCCAUGGUGAUAUGUGUUCAAAUGAAAGAGAGAAAAGAUAAAGAUGACAGGAGCCCAAACGAACUGCAGGCCAGCUUGUAGUUGUAACAGGGAGACACUGACCUCAGUGCGGUGAUUUCAUAAAAGGUCAAAUUGAAAACUUGAAAAGGUCACAUUUUUUGCCCCCUUCUUUGGUCCAGCCUGACUUGAAUGUUUUAAAUAUACUCUCUAUCCUGCCUCCUCUGCUGCUCCAACACUUAUUUUCCUUCAGUAAAAAGCAACAAGUA